GAGUGUUUAAACAUUAAAAUAAAUGACAUUUUCUUGGAAAUAUGUUAAAAAAUCAAGAAGAACCAAAGUAUGGAAGCGAAAAAUGGAUAGACGGAUUUUAUGAUCCGACAACCAGGAUCCAGACCAUGUCCCAAUGCAUGGUCCUAUCAGACAUCUACAAGGAUGACGAUUUCAAAUUGGUGCUGGCCGAUUUUGGGGACUUUUUUUCGUCAAAUCCAGCCGUCGUAAAUAAUAUUGGUGCGCUAGAUGGCAGGAAAAAUGAUAAAGUUAAAUUAAAAGUUUUCAAAGGCUUAGCAAUGAUAAACGAAGUGUGUAUCAAUGAUAUACCAUCAUCUAUCGUUACUAUCGCCGUUGAUACCCUAGUGCCAUCCAUCCCUGCUCUGGCCAUUAGCUCGAGCUGUUACGUGUAUAUUUACAAAAACAUGAAACCAUACUUCCGGUUCACCCUACCCUGUUCACCCCUCUGCCCGGAAGAGGAAAAGGCCUGGAGGGAUUAUCAAAAUGAGCAUAUAAAACUAUCAGAGUUGGUGGUGGCGUUGGACAAUAUCAGAGGCUUCGGUCGAUUAAAUGAGAUGACACAGAAAAGUGUAAAGUUUUUACAACUGUCAACCAAUGAAGAGAGGUUGAAUUUCAUCGACCAAUACAAAGAAGUUCCCCUUGUCAAAAACACGGCCAUCACAAUCAUGACGUCACUGAUGAAGAACGUUCAUGAUGAUGAUGGCGACGGCGGGGCAGGGGGUGGGAUAAGGUGCAUCGUGAUUGGCUGCGAAGAUGGCCACGUCUACGUCAUCAACCCGGAAACCUUUUCCGUUGCCGCUACGUACAGCCUACCAUCUGUGGCUGUUUUCAUGGUCGCGAAUGGCUUGUUCGAUGUAGAAUACUCUAUAUACACCGCAUGUAGAAAUGGCGGGGUCUAUGGGAUAAAAAGGAACAUAGAAAAAGCACGCGAAUUCUUCCGCGUCACCUACCCCAUAGUCGGUCUGGUGAAGGUCGGUAAAAAUCUGGUCGUCGGUUGUAUGGACGGCACGAUACAUUGCUACAAUACUAAGGGCAACUGCCUGUGGUCGGUUAACUGUCACGGCGACAUACUGUGUGUGGGGCUGAUGGAGCUCAAGACGAAAAACCUGCAGCUACUACUGGUCUCAGUCAAAUCACACCAACAACAACAAUCAUCAUCACCACUGCCACCACCACCAUCAUCAUCAUCAUCGUUGCCGCCAUCUACUUCCGGUCAAAUCCAAAUAUAUCUUGAAAAAUCUCUAGUGGAUGUUAUAAGAGUAGAAGAAGUGGUGGCAGCCAUGAAAUUCGGCAGGUACGGGCGUGAGUCAGAUACCCUAGUUAUGGUCACAAAGUCCGGCGGUCUCAUGGUCAAAGUCCUGAAAAGGACGGCCCUAUUUGAUAGUCGGGGGGUGUCCAAAUCUGGAGACGGUGUUGGCUUCGAUUUAGCCGGGGGAGGUGAGUCUAGGAUAGAUAUUCCGAAAAAAACGAAAUUAUUUCUCGAUCAGACAGCUAGGGAAAGGGUUUGCGCUGUCGAGAUGCACAAGACAUUCCAACAGGAUCUCUGUCGACUUAGAUUGCACUCUUGCAAGUGCUACCUGGAUAUGUUGGACAAACAACUGAACGUUGUGUCCCUAUCCCAAGAGUAUCCGGUUAAACUGAACGUCGAAGUAACUGGCCUAGGACCGACUUUUAAGAUGUGUAUAUCGGUACAAAACACAUCCCUAAAUGUAUCGUGCCAUCACUAUUUCAUAGCCUUCGUGUAUGAUCCUGGAUUCUAUAACAUUCUGGACAAUAUUAUUUUCUUGCCGGCGAUAGGACCGAGUCUAUCAUACAGAACAUCGACGUUUGCCUAUUGCGUCACCGAUAAAACGUUUGCCGACGUCAUCAAGGUUCUACUCUGUACGGAAAACAACAUCAACCCAAUAUUAACGGCCGUUGUCAGCAUGCCAGUUUCUGAAGGGGGCAUGAACUUUUGACCACAUCGUUGUCCUCCUCUUUUCCUUCUCUUCCUCUUCCUCAUCAUCAUCAUUAUUAUUAUUAUUGUUGUUGUUGUUGUUAUUACUAUUUUAUUAUUAUUAUCGUCGUCGUCGUCAUUACUAUCAUCAUCAAAUAUUUGAGAAUUAUCACUUUAUUAAUCGUUGUUUCGAUUGCGUUUAAAAUAAUUUCAAUCAUAUAAUUUAUAUAUAUAUAUAUUUAUUUAUUUAUUCAUAUAUAUAUAUAUAUAUAUAUAUAUAUAAAGAGAGAAAGAGAAAGAGACAGACAAACAGACAAAAAAAGAAAGAGAGAGAGAAAAGGUGGAAUAUAGAGGCAGGAUAAAGGACAAAAAGUUUAAAAUUAAUACUAUUAUAUGUAGUAUAUUAUAUUAUUACGAAUAAAAUAUUAUGUUAGCAGUAUUA